AUGCUUAAAUAUAUACUUAAGGUACCUUCAAAGAAACGCGGUACGGAACGAUAUGCGAAAAUUGGUUGUCGUAUCUUAAAAAUCUUCUCUAAUGUUGCUCCUCAAAGUACGGAUCGUGUUGUUCAAACUGUUGGAAAACAAAGUCAAGUUGUCGAAGCAAUACGCGAGGUCGUUUCUUUGACACGAGAGACACCCAUUAAAGGACCUGUACACAAUUAUGAUCCCUUAAACUUUGAUCGUAUGUACGCCGAUGAAUACGGCGGUUACGGUUCAAGUGGCGGAAGUGGUGGUAGCGGCGGCGGCGGUGGUGGUGGUAGCGGUGGUAACAACCGUCAAUCACGUGGUGGUAACCGCGGUGGUGGUGGCGGCGGCGGCGGUGGUGGCAGUGGUGGCUACAAUGAUCGCAAUCGCAUUUAUAAUAAAAUAUGA